AUGAAGAGUUUAGCGAGGAGCUAUGUGUGGUGGCCCCUAAUGGAUAACGACAUUAACGACAGGGUAGGGAAAUGCCAAUCCUGCCAAGAGUCAAGGCCACUACCCCCUACAGCCCCAAUUAGAGAGUGGGAGAAACCCCAGGGCCCAUGGUCCAGGAUUCACAUAGAUUUUGCCGGGCCGUUCCAUGGGCAGACCUUUUUAAUUGUAGUAGAUGCCUACUCAAAAUGGUUAGAAAUCAUAAUUAUGAAAACUACAACGGCCGAAGCAGUUAUCACAGUCCUGAGGCAUCUAUUCGUAACACACGGCCUACCAGACACCCUAGUCUCCGACAACGGCCCGCAAUUCACGGCAACCCAGUUUGAGGGGUACUUAGCGGAAGAGGGCAUCCGACAUGUCCUCUCGGCGCCUUUCCACCCGGCGACGAACGGACUUGCAGAACGUUUCGUUCGGAGCGCCAAGGAAGCGCUAUCUAGAAUAAGUCCAGGCGAUUGGCAAACCAAAAUUGAUACCUUCUUGGCAGUCCAACAUAGAACCCCCUGUGUGACAACUGGCCGUAGCCCAUCAGAGCUAUUGAUGGGUAGAAAACUCAGGUGCCCCUUAGACCGAUUAAACCCAACAUACACCCCAGAUGGGUACAAGGGUAGCAAAGAAAAAACCAGGGAAAUGUCAGUAGGUGACCCAGUAUGGGCACACAACUAUAGCGAAGGCCCAGUAUGGUUAAAAGGGACCAUUCUAGGCAUAACCGGGCCGAAAUCAUAUAUAGUGGACAUGGAGGAUGGCCGGGUAUGGAGACGCCACAUAGACCAAUUAAGAAAAAGAGUACAAGGCAAUCCAGAAACCAAACAGCCAGGCCCUGACUACCAAAUGUUUGAAUCUACAGCUGAUUCAAACCCGAGGCGAGCGGAGGACUUAUCUGACUCCGAAGAAGUCCAGCGACGCCAACCGGCUCCUCCUGAAGACAGCAGGGAUGACUCUGCCAAUAAUCCGGGGCCGGACGGCCCAGAGGAGAAGCGGGGAGGAACAAACAGUCCCUCCGACCAGCUCGACUCACUCCCAGAGAAUGAAUUGCACAGCCCAACUAGAACACUCAACGUGAGGUCCCAAAAGAGGCGUCUACGCAAGGGAAAGAGGCUAUCAUUAGGCUGAAAAACACCCAUCAGAGAGAGAGCAAAAAUGUUGGGAGUAGCCAAAACUGUUUGGAAAUUUCUUAAAAGAAUGAAUUAGCUGGCAGGCUCAGCAACACCAAAAAGCCUGGAAGAUCAAGGAAGACACUAAAGUGAAUAACCACAGAAUUCUGUCAUUGGUGAAGGAAAACCCUUUCACAACAUCUGGCCAAGUCGUGAAUACUCUUGAGAAGGUAGCAGUGUCAUUGCCAAAGUCUACAGUCAAGAGACAGCUUCACAAAUGUAAAUAUAGAGGCUUCACAAUAAGGUGCAACCCAGUGGUAACUUUCAAGAACAGAAAGAUCAGAUUAGAUUUUGCCAGAAAAACUUUUAAAAAGCCGAUCCAGUUCCAGAGUAGGAUUCUUUGGGCUGAUGAAACUAUGAUUAACUUGCACUAGAAUGGUGGGAAUAGAAAACUGUGAAGGAGGAAAGGAACAGCUUGGGAACUGAAGCGGACCACUUUCUCUGCCAAACAUGAUGGAGGCAGUUAUGGCAUUAGGCAUGCACAGCUGUCAAUGGAACCGCGUCAGUGGUGUUUAUUGAUGGCCUGAUUGCUGAUAACAGUAGUAGGAUGAAUUCUGAAGUGAAAUUAGCUAUGAAUCUGCUCAGAUUCAGCCAAAUGCUGCAAAACUGAUAGGAUGCUGCUUCAUAUUGUGACCCAAAACCUACUGGUAUUUCUCAACCUGGGCAACUUUUAAGAUGUGUGAAUUCUGGGAGUUGAAGUUGCCUAAGUGGAGAAACAGGGACCUAUGGUAAAAGCAACCCAAGGGUAAAAGCAACCUCAGCAAAGAAACCGCCAAGUCAGGCCCCUGGCCCCAAGCCAAGAACGCGGCUGCCCAGUUGCUGGAGGCCGAAAGAAGCAACAGCCGAAGGCAGCUGGUCAAGGCGCAGCAAAGGAUCUCAAAGGAGGAAACUCAGCGUUUGGCCAUGCCCACCCUCAGCUUCACUAUGAAGGAUUUCAUCCACGAAUUAAAAACAAUCCUUAUUUUAACUAUGUUAACCAUUUAUGAGCCACCAAAAGUGGAGCUGGGUGUAUUAAAAGUGGCUGCAAUUCCUCAGUGGGUCAUGCCACUUUGGUCAAACCCCAAGCUUUGUCAAAGCUGAAAGUGUUGGCUCA